AUGAACCAGAUCUAUUCUCAUAGCUUUGAUUUCUACCCGUACCAACAACUUUACUUUACUUUUCUUUUUUAUUAUUAUUAUAGAAUUUCUUUUUUCAAGUUAAAACUAUUGUACAACUGUACUAAAACCAUUCUUAUUAUCAACUUUUAUCUUUUUCUCCAACUGGCAUUGGAACAUUUACAACGUCCUUUCUUUUUUAUAAAAAACACUUUGAGAACCUUUAAAUCAUCUUCGUUUUUAUUUAAUCUUUUUGUUUGUGAUAUAUAUUUUCGAUUGAUUAAUACUUCGGUGAUUAAAUAA